AAAAAACACAAAGAGCAGGAUGACUGGAUCUGACUUUAACUGCAGGAGGCUGCUGACCUGCUCCGACCUUUGACCCCUCACCUGCAGAGUCACCUGCCCGUCUACCUGAGGGGCGGGGCCUGAGGAGCCCAGGGUCGUCGCCAUGGCAACGACCUCUUCCCUGCUCGGCAGAGGUCCUGGUCCUGGUCUGGGUCUGGUCCUGGUGGAGUUCCAGUAUGAGUAUGAGGGUCGAGACGGGUCGCUGGUCUCGAUCCGACCCAACGAGCGCUACGUGCUGCUGAGCAAGACCAACGAGCACUGGUGGCAGGUGGUCCACGGGUCCAGACCCUUCUACAUCCCCGCCAAGUACGUCAGGGAGCUUCCUGUGGACCUGCCGUCCCCCCUGGACUUCACCGAGCCCCCCAGCCCUGAACCGCCGCUGUGCUCCCUGCGGCGGGUCCCGGUGCCGGUCCCGGUCCCGGUCCCGGUCCCGGUCCCAAAGACUCUGGAGGACUCCAACGGGACCAAAACCAAACCGGGCGACGAGGUGACGAUCCGGCUCAGACCCGAGACCUCCUCCGGUUACCGCAAGUCUGAGAACCGCAUGUCGACGUUUGGAGUCCCGCUGGACUUCCAGGACCCGGUUCCGGUGGUGACCCCCCCCCAGAGACACUCCAGCCCCCCCGCUGGUCCUGCAGAGUCCGGUCCCACCCUGAGGGUCUUGGAAGACCAGGUGGACUCCGGUAAACCUCGGGUCCCCAGCUUCAGCCCGGCGGACCCCCUCCCCCGGUCCCAGCCCAUCCCGGUGGAGACUCCGGUGGUCCCCCCGCCCCCUACCUCAGCUGGUCUCCAUGACGACCAGGAGCCCCCCAUCCAGCCGGAGUCCAGCGAGGAGGAGGAGUCCCUGAAGGGGGACGACUCACACCACAUCUACGAGUCCAUCCAGGACCUGAACCUGGACCUGGAGGCUCUGAAGAGUCCUGCACCGGCACCGGCCCCCCCCGGCCCCCCCGGCCCCCCCACAGGUAAGACCCUCUCUCUCGGCCCCGACUCGCCCGUCUACGCUAAUGUUUCCAGUCUGAAGAAAUCAUCUCAGGUGUCGGUCUCUGGCCCCGCCCUCCCUGACCCACCGGACCCCUCAACCACAGACCACUCCCCUUCCGCAGCAGACCCCUCCCCUUCAAUCACUGUUCUCUCCCCCUCACCGUCAGACCCCCCCUCCUCCGGGAUGAUAAGCCCCGCCUCCCCCCUCAGCCCUGAUGAUUGGCAGGUCCACACCGACCGCGACAGCGGGAAGCCGUUUUAUUACCAUCCCGUAACCAGACAGACCACCUGGUCCGACCCCCGCAGCCCCCCACCCCUACCGGCUGCAGACAUGGACCAGUCCAAGGGGAAGGAGGGGGGGCACCUGCUCUCCUCCUCCUCCUCCUCGUCCUACUCCCAGGGUUCCUGCGGUUGGGAGCGGCUGAUGGAUGAAGCCUCGGGCAGGUUCUACUACUACAACCCCGUCACAAGAAGCACAUCCUGGACCGCCCCCGAGCCCGUUUCCCCCGCCUCCCCCGUCUCCCCCUCCUCCCCCCCUCCGCUGCCAGAAGAAGAUUAUCCUGUGAGCCCCGAGAGCGAGAACAGCGUCUUCUUAACGCAGCACGUGCCUCUGAUUCCCAGAGCGCAGCUGGACCUGAAAGAUGGAAGCAGCUCCCAGUGGAGGCAAGAGAUCCCACAGUUGCCCCAAAGGCUGAUGGGAAAUGGAGUUCUUGAGGAGGGACCAGCUGGACAGACACGGAACAGCAAACAUGGCGAAGACACGUUCGUUCCGAGUCUCAGGAGAAACGUCUCCGACCUGUCAGAGGUGUCCAACAGAAGACACUCACCUGACAGUCCACAGUUCUCUGAUAGGCUCAGACUGAGGAGGAAUCUGUCCAAUCGGAGCACAGACUCCCACCAGCUGCACAGCCACCUGCUGGAGAAAGCCGGGAUCAUCAACAAGACCAAAGUAGCCGAUCACGGGAAAAAGAUCAGGAAGAACUGGGCUCAGUCCUGGACCGUCCUGCACGGAGGGAUCCUCACCUUCCACAAAGACCCCAAAUCUGCUCCCACUGGGAACGCUAUGAAGGCAUCACAGAUCGUUCCUGAAUACACCGUCGAACUGAGAGGAGCUUCAAUCAGCUGGGCCUCCAAAGACAAGUCAUCCAAAAAGAACGUUCUUGAGCUGAAGACUCGUCAGGGAUGUGAGUAUCUGAUGCAAUACGACACCGAGAGCAUCAUCACCGACUGGCUGAAAGUGAUGCACGACACCAUCAGACAGCUGGAACAAGAACAUCUGUCAGAGGACGAAGACGAAGGUGCUUCAGACAAAGAGGACAAAGACAGGAGGAGGCCACUGAGCUCGAUUUCGUCAACUGCGACGGAUUCAGAGCAGAGACGAGUUCGGACCAAACUGCGACGGUUCCUCCAGCGCAGGCCGACGCUGCAGGCCGUUAAAGAGAGAGGAUACAUCCGAGAUAACGUCUUCGGCUGUCACCUGGACACACUCUGUCACAGAGAGAACGCCAACAUCCCCAAGUUUGUGGAGAAGUGUAUCAGAGCGGUGGAGAGGAGAGGUCUGGAUGUCGAUGGGAUCUACAGAGUGAGUGGAAACCUGGCUGUGAUCCAGAGACUACGACACAAAGCCGACCACGAGGAGCAGCUGGACCUGGAGGACGGUCAGUGGGAGGAGAUCCACGUCAUCACCGGAGCUCUGAAGCUGUUCCUGAGAGAACUUCCUGAACCGCUGUUCCCCUUCAGCUGCUUCGACAAGUUCAUCGCUGCCAUCCAGGUCUCAGACUACAGCCUGAAGGUCUCCUACAUGAAGGAUCUGGUCCGCUUGCUGCCGCUGCCGAACCACGACACCAUGGAGCUGCUGUUCAAGCACCUGCUCAGGGUCAUCGACCAUAAGGAAUCUAACAGGAUGUCGGUUCAGAGCGUCGCCAUCGUGUUCGGACCCACGUUGCUCCGGCCGCAGACCGAGUCGGCCAACAUGACGAUCCACAUGGUGUUCCAGAGCCAGAUAGUGGAGCUCAUGCUCAAUGAGUACCAGACCAUCUUUGCCUCUGAAGGGUAGGAGGACCUCUAGGAGAUCCUCAGAGAACCUUACAGAACUUUCAGAGAACCUCCCGACCCCCCGUAUCAUGAGGGUUGCCAAACGCCCUCUGAAACCUGGACUGUGCCUCAAUGACCCAGGUGGAACCAACAACUGUUUUAUAAAGUACAGAUCAAACCAAACACACUUAUUUGGCACCUUAAAAACCCAAAACCUUUGAGGGAGAACUCUCCACCAAGCACUUCCCUAGAACCUUUUAGAACCCUUCAACCAAAGUCCUUCUUAUUUAAAAGUUAAAAUGUAAAAUGCUCGGCUGGAUGAACGUAGAACCUGAUGGUUUCACGACACUCCUGUCUCACUGUGCCUCAAAUGACCCAAGUAGAACCUGAGUGGAACCAUCUAGAACACCUGGACUGGAUCUGGAACCUCAACAUUCAGCCUUACUUCAGAUCGAACAAAGACUCACUUAGGUUGCACCUUAAGAACCCAGAAAGAAGAACAAGAACUCUCCAGACCAGUUCCACAUCCUUUGAGAACCUUGUAGAACUCUGGAUGCAGCAGACAUUGAAGUUGAUGGCGGUUGAACCUGAAACCAUAAGCCCCUGUCAGACCACCAAUAGACCCUGAGUGGAACCAUCUAGAACUAGAACUGAAUCUGGAACCUCACCAGUUUGCUUUAUUAUUAUUUUCUGAGUGUCCGACCAAACCAAGCACACUAACCAGGGACCUGAAACCCCCAACAUCUCACUUUUAGCAAUAACUGUCCCACCAAUUUCCAAACCCCCGUAGAACCCUGUAGAACCCUGUGGAACCCUUUAGAACCCUGGAGCCAAAUGUCCAGCUGCUGUUUGUACAUUUCUGGACACUGAAGUUCAUGUAAGACAUUCACAGGGGAUAAAACUGGAACCAGACGGAUACAGCUCGUCCCUCUCUAACUACUGCACCUUUAAUGAGCCAGGUAGAACCCUAGUGGAACCAUCUAGAACCCUGAACUGGUUCUGAAACCCUGAACAACGGCUUCAUUGCUCUUUGAAGGACUGAACAAAACACACUAGUGAGAAUCCAACCUCGAACCCUAAGGGUUUUCUUUCUUUAAAGUUAAAAUGUAAAAUGCUCGGCUGGAUGAACGUAGAACCUGAUGGUUUCAUGACACUCCUGUCUCACUGUGCCUCAAAUGACCCAGGCAGAACCUGAGUGGAACCAUCUAGAACACCUGGACUGGAUCUGGAACCUCAACAUUCAGCCUUACUUCAGAUCGAACAAAGACACACUUAGGUUGCACCUUACGAACCCAGACAGAAGAACAAGAACUCUCCAGACCAGUUCCACAUCCUUUGAGAACCUUGUAGAACUCUGGAUGCAAACAUCACAUUCUCCUGAUUAGCAUGAAAGUUUAUGAGGGUUGAACCUGAAACCUGUUGAGAACAAACAAACCUUUAAAUGUUCCGGGUAGGACCGAGCGACAGUAAGAUACCAAGUACUGAAGAGAACAAAGUGAAACACUGGACGUAGUGAUGUCAUCAGUCCGAUAGAGACGGACGCUAACGGGCGAUGUGUUAUUUUAGUCGGAAGAUGAAAUAAGUUCCAGUCGUUGAGCUAAGCUAACACAUCGCGGACACACAGAACAAAUGAUUUAUUAAAUGUUAUUAAAUGUGUUUAAAUAAUCUAAAUACAGUUUAACAGACGACCAGAGGAUUUACAGAUGUUUAACUCUAGAGAUUCAUUUUACUGCUGUAACAGUGACGUCUGGACCAUGCUGUAUGUUUUAUAUGUAUUACAGAACAAAGUUAACAUUAACAGAUGGAGCUCUGUACAUAAAGAAGGUAUUUUACUGACUUUUAAUAAAAAUAACUCAGAUGUGUA